AGAAAUCUGCAUUUUAACAAGCACCCCCCCCCCCAAGGAGAUUAUGGUUUUCACACUUGAGAACCAAUAUUGUAUUUGUUGGAAAGACUAAAUCCGUUCCAUGUAAAUAGGAAGUCCUUAGAGCAGUGCCUGGCUCUGUAGCCCCUCCUGGGUAAGCAUCUGCUAUAAUUGUAAUUGUUUCUGUGCUAGGAAAAAUCAGGCAGCUCGGUCUCUUUUUUUGGGGGGUGGGGGGUGUCUGGCUGCUCCCCCUCGCCCCACCUGGCGGGGUUCUGGGUUUUUGCUUGCCUGUCUGCAUCAGAGAUGCCAGGGAGCCAGGCCACGUCCUGGCAAAAGGUUAUCUCUUAGUCCGGGGCGCGGGAAAGGUUGGGGUGGGGGGGCCGUGCCCGGCUCCCCUCUGCUGGGGGAGAUAGUGGAGGUCACACGGCUCCGUGAGACGGGGAAUGGGAGGGCUAGGAGGUAUAAAUGGGGGGCUGCGGAGGCAGCAGAUGUACCCAGCCUAGGAAGCUGCUUGGCUGUGCCCUUCGUGGGUUUGGGCUGGCUCUGUCUGGCAUGGCCAAGCUCCCGCUGCUGCUGCUGCUCCCCUUGUUGGCACUGGCUGGGGGGCCGUGGCCAAGGGCCCAGGCCCAGGCUGCACCCUACGCAGUCAAGCUCUGCGGCCGCGAGUUCAUCCGAGCCGUCAUCUUCACCUGUGGGGGCUCGCGGUGGAGACGGUCGGACGUCCUGGCCCACGAAGCUAUGGGGGACACCUUCCCGGACCCCGGCAGCCUGGCGAGCGACCUAGAGGAGACAGUGGCCUCCAGCGAGUGGCUUUCCCUGACCAAGCCCCCCCAGGCUUUCUACGGGGGGCAGCCCGGCUGGCAGGGCACCCGGGGGGCUCUGCGGGGUGGCCGCGACGUCCUGGCUGGCCUCUCCAGCAACUGCUGCAAGUGGGGGUGCAGCAAGAGUGAAAUCAGCAGCCUCUGCUAGUCCUGGGGAAGCUGGGCAGGUGGGGAGACCUGCACCUGUCCCGGCCUUGCCGUCCACCUGUCCGGAGGACACCUGGGCACUUAUCUCUUGGCCCGCAAACAUCCAUCCCUGCUUGGUCUACACGGACGCCGAAGUCACCCAAACCGGCUCCAUUCUACCCCAGUUCCACUAAGACCCUACCCAGCCUGGCCCUGGCACCCUCCCGCUCUUUUCUGCUUUCCAGCCCUUCCGUCCCCCUCCAAUUCCCCCUGCCCCAGCUCCAAGGCUGCGAAAGCCCGGGGAUCUCUGAACAAUCUGUCG